CUCUCUCUCUCUCCCUAUAAAUCCAUCUCUCUGAUCUUCAAAGUCCACCACUACUUUCCCAACCGGACUUUUCACCCAAAACCCAAAAGCAGGGGAUCAGAAAGCAAGAACACAAAGGAGAAGAAGAGAUGUGUUUGGUGUUUGUGUGCGAUGAGGACCAGAGGAUCCUGUCGAGGCAGCCAGCUCCGGGGGCAUGUCCCUACUGCGGAGGCACGAUCCAGGCCACCGACGUAGAAACCAAAUGGAGGUUCUGUUUCCUCCCUCUCUACUGGAAAAGUAAACGCAAGUUCAAUUGCAACAGCUGCAACAGAGAGCUUGUUAUGCAGUAGAAACACCGUUAUCUUACAGAUUAGUUCUUUUCCAUGAUCUUUGAAGUUAAGAUGGGGGUGACCCAUCUAAUCUUCGUUUUGAGAUUAUGAUCAGUGAUUGUGUAAUAAUCUCCUACUAUCUUAAAAAUAGAUAUACUGAUAUACAUACCUUGAGAUUGCUA